AAUUCCUUCUGCAAAAGCAGCCUCUGCAUUUUUUUGUCUGUCUGAAUGCUACAGCAGCACGGGGGGAAAAAGAUUGAGGAUAAGGCAAAAACUGAAGAAAUGUGACAAUUCAACGGUCAUUUUCAUGGCGAAGGGAAAACUGGUGCGAAAGGAGUUAUUCUGGGACUCCUUUGAGCCUCGAAACGCUGGAUCAAAAUGCUCAUAGUGGAGAAGACCACAGACUUCCCCUCUGCUGAGUUCUCUCUGGUAGAGGAUGUGGCUCUGCACUUCACCUGUUUGAUGGACAGGUUGAACGAGCAGCGCCUCUUCCAGCCUGACCUGUGUGACGUCGACAUCGUUCUGGUGCGUCAGCACAGCACCUUCCCGGCCCACAAGGGCGUGCUGGCGGCUUACAGCCCUUUCUUCCACUCUCUUUUUGCCCAAAGCAAACAGCUGCGGCGGGUGGACCUGUCACUGGACGCCCUGACCUCGCAGGGCCUGCAGCAAAUCCUCAACUUCAUUUACACCUCCAAACUGCUGGUGAGCAGCCGCACCGUCCGCGACGUGCUCAACGCCGCUACCCUGCUUCAGAUGAGCGACAUCGCAGCUUCCUGUCGCGACCUCAUCAGCAGCCACUCGCUGAGAACCACGUGCACAGAUAUGGCCAAUCAGGAAGGGCUCGGUAGCGGUGACCCAACUGCUGUAGCGAUGCCCCCCAGCCAGCUGUACCCGGAGAUCAAACAGGAGUCAGAGCUGGGCAGGGUGUACAAGAGAGAAGGCAGCAGCCCAUUCUCUGUUAGAGUGGAGGAGGCCGGCAAGACGACCUCCCAGCAGAAGCAGUAUUACCAGGAAGAGGAUGGGUCAGGGGGUGGGGCUAGCACGGGUGUGGCUGCUUUAUGCAAAGUUGAAAGCAAUGGGGAGUCGAAGACCGCAGAUGGCCACAACUCCUUCAACAGAGACCAGAUCAUUGUUGAAGUCAACCUAAAUAACCAGACCCUGAAUGUGUCAAAGGGAUCAGAGGGCAAAUCAGCAACCGCCACAGAGACAGCCACCAUCUUCGGCCACUGCCAUGACAACGAGAGAGAUUCAGAGGACGAGGAGGAGAAUGAGGCCGAGAAUGACGACACAGUUGGAGAAGAGGAUGACGAUGACCUGAGGAGGGGGGACAUGCUGGGGCAGAGCAGCGAGGAGGAAGAGGAGGAGGAAGAUGAGGAGGAGGAGGAGAACACCCUAAACAUUCCAGGUUUGGAGCAGCCGGCAAUGAUGGAUCGACCCCGCCGGGGCACCAGAGCCUUUGCCAUGGCGGGUACAACUGCCUCCAUGCGGCAGACACUCACAGAGGCCACGCUGGCCAACCAGCGGCAGGGCGGGAAGAGGACGCUGGAUGCAGAGGGCCUGGGCCAGAAAGUGAGGCUGGAGGAGAAGCAACAUUUCUCAUGUAAGAAAUGCCCUCGCGUCUUCAACAACCGCUGGUACCUGGAAAAACACAUGAACGUCACUCACAACCGCAUGCAGAUCUGCAAUAACUGUGGGAAACGCUUCCUGCUGGAGAGCGAGCUGCUGCUGCACCAACAGACCGACUGUGAGAAGAGCAUCCAGUGUGUAACAUGUGGCAAGGCCUUCAAAAAGCUGUGGUCGUUACACGAGCACAACAAGAUCGUCCAUGGCUACGCCGAGAAGAAGUUCUCCUGCGAGAUCUGUGAGAAGAAGUUUUACACCAUGGCUCAUGUCAGGAAGCACAUGGUCGCCCACACGAAGGACAUGCCGUUCACCUGUGAGACAUGCGGGAAGUCAUUCAAGCGCAGCAUGUCCCUGAAGGUUCACUCUCUGCAGCACUCAGGAGAGAAACCCUUCAAGUGUGAGAACUGCAGCGAGCGCUUCCAGUACAAAUACCAGCUGCGUUCCCACAUGAGCAUCCACAUCGGACACAAGCAGUUCAUGUGCCAGUGGUGUGGAAAGGACUUCAACAUGAAGCAGUACUUUGAUGAACACAUGAAGACACACACUGGAGAGAAGCCGUACAUCUGUGAGAUCUGUGGGAAGAGCUUCACGAGCCGGCCCAACAUGAAGCGCCACCGCCGCACCCACACCGGGGAGAAACCCUACCCCUGCGAGGUGUGCGGCCAGCGCUUCCGCUUCUCCAACAUGCUCAAGGCCCACAGGGAGAAAUGCUUCCGCGUCAGCAACCCCAUGGUCGCCGACAGUAACAACCCCCUCGGCCUCGAACAGCCUCUGGCCUCGCCCGCUGUGGACUCUUCCGGUCAGGUGCAGCUGGGGGCGACACUCCCCGCCACGUCUGUGACCACACCCGCUGCUGCCUCUAGCCCACACCCCCUCCAUGGAACCCAGCUUUCUCUCCCCCUGCUGCACUCCAUGGGGGGGCUGCCUCCCACCACUCAUUUACCCCCACCGCCUCCUCUGUUCUCUGCCGGUAGGAUGAACUCCAACAACUAACAAAUCUCCGUAGCAUCGAAGCACUUUUGUUACUUUUUGUUUUGUUUUUCUUAGAGCUUUUAAGAGGACUCCUGCAGCGGGAGAGCGAUGCACCUCAGUGACAUUUACACUGAGGGGAAAAACUGACUGAAGGCUACAUGGAGGCCUCAUAAAAAAAAAAAAAAACACACACAUACAACUACCACAAUAAGAAAUAGUUAUUUUUUACUCUGUUAAAUACAAUAGAUAACCUCAGAGUCCAGUAGGACGUGUUGUCACCACGCUUCUCCUCAUGAAUUUCACAACUCUGUUCUGGUUUCAUUUGGGAUUUUCCAGUACCACACACAUCUCUCUCCAGAGCCUUGCACAAUGCAUUGAUUGUAGCAUCUUUUACAAAGUGGGAGGAAGAGGUUUCCUAAAUCUUCGCUCAUACUAUCGGUCGAGUGAGAACCACACUAUGGUGAGAAAAAAAAAUGUUUUAUUUUUGGUCAUUCUCUGCCAAGAUGUAGCGAGUGGUUCUGGUCUGACCCAGCAAUAACCAAAUGCUGAUUUGUCUUUGAGCAUAUACAUGUAUAUGGCAUUGCCAAUAACCAAAUCCUGUAAGCUCACCCGCUAUAGUUAGAAAAUGUUAUACAGCAUUUAUAAUCGAUCCUGCACCUUACAUUUAACUCUAGUGAUAUUUAAAAUGUACUCCUAAUUGUCUUCAUUUUUAUAAUUGUUGUAGUGUGUAAUUCGUGGCACGUUACGUCAAUUUGUCAGGACGUAAGAGAAGUUGUGACGCGUGGAGAGUCAGCCGUGCAAUGCAGUGUGUGGUGUUUGUGACUGCGUGUGUCUGUGUGUGUGUGUGUGUGUGUGUGUGUGUGUGUGUGACGUGAAGCAGAGACGGGAGAUGAUGAUUUUCAGAUCUACGUUAACGUCAAUGCUUGAGCUUCCCCGAGUCAGGAGUCGGAGUAAUUUUUUGACUCUCAUCUUUUGCUUACAUUAAGCAAGCACGCUCCUCUCCUGUAGAUCUGGCUUUGAGGCGAUAUCGCACUUUUCUGUGACUUGUUAGUAAAACCCUAAUGUACCCAGACCUACGGUAUAUGUGUAGGUUUUAAAAAUCUAAUGUUAAUGUUAACUUACAGCUCAUUUUCCAACUAAAACCCGAUCUAUGUAAUUAAUUACCAAGAGUGUAGGGAUAAUAAUAUUCACAAAAACCUGCUUAUGUAGCUCAUUAAGUGUGCACACUUCAUCAAGAUGUAUAUUGUGAAAUGAUAAACAUUAUAUUCCAAUGCCUAAAUCUCUCAAAGAGCACUGACAGUGAUUACUUUUGGCACAACAGAGCGUAUCACUAAAAGGGCUCCUUAUGAUAACAUCACUAUUACUUAAACUAGUCCAUUUCUUAUAACAGUGAUCUGUAGAAGCUCAAAGUUGGAGACACGCAGUAUGUAAUACCGCUCAGAAAUGUGUGGCUUUACACGCACUGUUAGCAGUUGUUCGUCGUGAACCGACUGGAAGAGAACUGAAAGAAUCCUUGUCAGUAAAAAGUUCUUCUCUUGAAGAAAUAUCUUGACAUUUUGGGGAAAAUACACUUAUUCGCUGUCUUGCCGAGAGUUAGAUGAGAAGAUUGAUACUUCUGUCUCGUGUCUGUAUGUUAAAUUUGAAUCUAGCAGCUGGUUAGCUUAUCUUAGAAUAAAGACUGGAAAUGGAAGGAAACGGCUGGCUUGCCUCUGUCUGAAGGCUAGAAAAAGUCAUCUACCAGCACCUAAAUCUCAUUAAUUAAUAUGUUUGUUUUAUUCGAAUAAAAACCGAAGUUUAAAAACAAUCAUUUGAUGUUUUACUGGGGGUUAAAACGCUUUGGAGGACCCCAUUAAUUAGCUGUUUCCAAUCUUUAUGCUCUAUAUUCAUAUUUAAUGGACAGAUAUGAGAGAAGUGACAAUUUUCUAAUCUACUUCCCAAAAUAUCCAAAUAUUCCAUUAAAAUCUGACAUUUCAAUCAGUUAAUUAUCCAAAAAGAGUCUCUGUGCACUGUCGAUGCACUCCUGCUCACUUUAUCUAUAGACAUCCUACUCGUAGUGUAGCAUUAACCUGUAAAUAUUGUUAAGAUGUGUUUCUUCCUCGUGAUUAAUUCCUCAUGUUUACAUUUGGAGAGUCAGUUGAAUGUGCCCCCCACAUGUGUCUUGGCUGGUACUACAGAAAGUUUGAAUUCGUGGAUAAGCUUUUGUAAGUGUAAUAAGCUGUUCAUUGUUUUAUUUAAAAGACACAUUUUAAGCACCUUAGUGUUGUCUUAUGUCUUAGUUCGCCCCAGUUACAUGUGUUUCUUAAACUGCCACGGUUAAACGGUUAGGGCCACGUCAGAUGCUAUUUGAAAAUGGUACUUUUAUCUUUUAUUUUUUCUUCAUGUGUCUAACACAUGUUUUGUACUUUGUUUUGCUGCUUUUGUACAGGGUCCAGUUUGAGACUGCCCUUUAAAUUAAAAGUCAAGAGCUGUUAAAUUGUUAUAUAUUCUGGCUGUGAUGAAUCCAAUUUAGCCUUACUGGACAGUUGAGCUCCAGGGUCAGAAACAAGCUACAAUUUAGAGAUUUGGGGAGCAGUUUGAUGAGGUUACUGCCAACAUUUUAUACCCAUCUAAGGUUUGAUCUGGUCAUUGGUAGAUGGGGGUCGGACUAAAGGCAACCUGUCAGUGUCACACAAACAUAAGGACUGUUGCUCUCUUGUGGUAUCUCAGUAAACUGCACUCUGUUAGCAAUCCUAAACUAAAUAAAGAGAAAAGCCUCCCUUACAUUAAAAAUACUUACCUUAAGUAUUUUUCCCACUUCACUGUUUUGAGAAGCACUAGCCCAAGAGACAAUAUUGAGAUACUGUGGUUAUAGCUUGUGUAUUCGCCUUAUACUUGGAGGGAUUUGAAUGUUUCUGUGUUAUGGAUGAUGGUAGCUGAGGAGGUAUAGUAGUUAAUACUACUGAUUUAUGCACUUUGAAUUUGAUUGCCACACUAGCCCAUAAUGGGGAACAUGUAUGCAGAUACAAGGUGAAAAGUAGCUAGCAGAGAUGUGUACUAAUUAUUUCCACUAUUUAAAUCCAAAGGCAUACAUUUUACAUUUAAAAUGUACUGUGUGGAUAUUGAUGCUCAUAAAUGAUUAACAAAAUCUACAAAUUACAGUCAAUUUAUUUGUGUUAUUUGUUCAAAUUUGAUCAGAGUUUGUGGGUAGUAAGUGGCAGACUGGCGCCUGACCUGUGUUUUAUUUCCUUUAAUAACUUAUUUGCCGUGUUGUGGCAUCCUGCACACUGAGGAUUAACCCCGCCGUGAGGAGUCAGUGCAGCUAAACUGGUGUUUCUGUGUUUUAGUCUGCCUGUUUUACAAGUAUUUGUGACUCUCCCCUGAGGGUUUCUGAUUGGUUGGUAAUGUCCGAUUAUUGUCGUACUCAAGAGAAAUUAGUUUUAACGUACCGGUUUUCCACCUAUGAGC